AUGUCAGCAGGCAAAUACGUGCCCCCUCAUCUUCGCAAGCCCAGAGAUGCAGCUCAAGAAGUAGCCUCCCCGCCUGCGCAAGCACGUCUUGUCCCUUCUGGCAGCGCAGCAGCGCCAGUCGUUCAACAGGAACGACCCUACGCUGCUCCACGCUGGCAAGGCGGCCGGCCUCGUAGUCCCGUACCUGCGCCUACUGCCUUACCAUCAGGUCCUUCAUCCUACGCAUCAUCAAGUCCAAAGGGUCAUGCAGACCGGAGAGCGGGUGCUACGCCUUGGGAUAGCUCGAGCGCGAGUAGUAAGGACAAAAGUGGCUUUGUGUCGAUUGCCAAACGGCGUCCCCCUGCAGUCUACACGCAUGCACCGCCGAUACUAUCCGUACACGGGGACUCGUUCGUGGGCGUGUUCAGAUGUCUCAGGGAGAACACUGUCGACUUGGGCUGGUACUCGGGCGCGAGCGCCAAGGGUCUCAACAAUCCCAAUUCGACCCGUCAAGUCGCGCCCCAGCUAUUAGCAUCGAUUGACUCGCUUAGAGUGCCCAAAAUUCUCAUGAUGUUCGGAAAUGUCGACAUCAACAUCAACUACGUCUUUGCUCUGAGGCGAAAGGACGGCAAGCCGGCGCUGAUUGGCGACGACUUUGUGAAGAACAUGUUCGAAGCGUAUACUGCAUUCAUGCGCGAUGAGCUCGAGCCCAGGCUGGUCAACAGCACAACGCCAAUCAAACAGAGCCUGAACAGUCGCAUCAAGCCAAAAUUCAUUGAGAAGAUCUAUAUCGCCAAUUCGGUGCCGCCAAUCGUACCUGACGAAGCUCUAGGCAAGAUGAUCGACAAAUAUCGCAUAGCUCCAGGCACGGUGGUUGCCGACUUGCCGCCUCUCAAACCAACAGAAGAGAUCAUGCAGUUCGCUAACAUCAAGAUGCGGCAAGACAUGACCAAGACGUUCACUAGGCUCGCCAGGGAGUUUUGCGCUACCCGACCAGAUGUAUACCAGCUUGUUGAUAUCAAUCCAUAUAUCACUUCGCUUGGCAAGCCUGCCGAUCAAGCAGAAGAUGGCGUCGUUUCGCCAGACUACAUCAGUGAGGAUCCCACCAACGUCCACCUGUUGUGGGAGACGACGAUCCAGUUUUGGGUUAGAGAACUCGCGUCUGCCGGGCUCAAAGAGUCGCACAUCCGGCCAGAUCUGCAGGAACAGGCUGCCGAUUAUGUCAGGAGGAAGCAGAAGACGAUGACGGAAAUCGCAGAGCGUGAUGCAGCCAUCGCUCGAGCUCCCUUUGUCAUCAACGAGGCCCAUCUAGAAGCCAGUCCGUCGUUAGGAGCUCAAGCCGCGAUGAACUCCCCUACGAUUCGUCAGCACGGCUUCGAGCUGCCCAACGACACACACACCGCCUCGCCGGCUCAGCCAGGCUUUCCAACGGGUCAUGCUGGCGGAGUCUGGGCUCAUCAACACUAUCCAAGCCACAAUGGGAGCCUGCACAUCCAUCAGAACUCCCACGGAUCAGCAUCGUCUCAUUCGUUGUCUGCAAUGAACACAGACAUCGCGAUGGGCGCGUUCAUCGACCCCAACAUGAUCCUACCAGACGGUAUGGACCACUACGGCAGCGUACACUCGCCCGGAAUGGCAGCUUCGCCCUUUCUUGGACAUCCGGGCGCGACUGGUCAACACUUCGGAUUUAGUGGUCUGACCCAAGGCUCUCAUGGCCAGGCGAUGGCCAACGAUGCCGAUCUCAUGGACUCGCUCAUGAUGAGAUCCGAGUCUGUUCACAGCCAGCCAUCAAGCACGAUGAGCAGCCACGAUGCGCCUUCGCCAGCUUCCGUCUCGGGUGUGUAUCAUGGCAGUCGCCCUCAGCCGGGUGAUUACGGCCAAACAUCCAUCAGUGCUGCUCUGGCAUCUGCAGUCACUUUUUCGCCAAAGCAGUCUGCCCAAAGUCCUACCGUGGCUGCUAUUGCCCAGAGGAUCAGUACCUCGCCAGUCGAUCAUUUCAAGACGCGCUCGCUUCUGGAAGGCAGCGCAAGACGCCCAUCGCCCGUCCGUGGGGCUGGCUCACUCGGCGCUCGUCGAUCGGCUUCAGCCACUCGUCGCGGACAGAGCGGCACGACCUCGCCAGCUGCGAUACAUAUUGCCGCUCAUCCGCAGUACGCCUCGGCAGCAUCAACACUGGCCUCCUCUGCUUCUGCCUAUCCGAUGUCCGUCCCCGCUCGCUUCGGUGCUCAAUACGGUAGCUCGCUCAACUCGCCCCAGUAUUCGAGUCCGAACACGAAUUAUUCGACGCCUUCUUCAUUUGCAGAGGGUGACAGCUCUGACCAGCAGCACUUCAUACCCGCCAGCGCACCAACCAGUCUCGGUAGACCUGCAACACGCGAGACCUUGCGCGGUCGUACAAUCAAGCAGGAGCCUCGCGAUGACAGCAGAGCUUUGCUCACUCGUGCUGUACCGGACAAGAAGAAGCGUCGCAAGGAGCAGCACUGUGCAGUCGAACAGCGUCGUCGCUCGAACAUCAACGAUAAGAUUGCCGAACUUGCCACCCUUCUGCCUCAGAUCAUGCUCGAUCCGACAGCUGGCAGCAGAGAGCCUUCGCGUUCGCGCGAACGACGCACAGGAUCUGCCGAGACGGAGGCCGAAACACCCAUGUCACCGUUUGGUCCUGGCACGAGCAGCUUUGAUGCUCGACACGCUUCUCUCGUCACUGCUGGCUUGCCAUCGAAUCCUUUUGAGAACAUGACAGUCCAACAGAUCGCCCAACAGUCUUCUCUCGGCCGCCCCAACAAAGGUCUCAUCUUGGCUAAAUCAGUCGAUUACAUCCGCCAUCUACAACAGAUUAUCGAGGCUCAGGCAGUCCGAACGGAAGAGCUCGAAGAUACCCUUCGCGCGAAUGGCAUCUCUCCUGCCGAAUCGCGCUAA